AUGGUAGCAAAGACGGCGGGCAUGUCCGUGGGGGAAAUCUUCAACCAGGCGCAGCGCAGCCGCGUCUCGCACGCCAAGUGGGCCGGUGCGCUGGCGAGCAAGCGCGCUGAGGACUCCGAGGCCUUCGAGGAGACCUUCUUCACCUGCCUGCAGCACGUCCUCCUCGUGUUCAAGAAGGAGCCCAACGUGGAGCGCGUGGUCCGCUUCGUCGCGGAAUUCGCCGCCGCUGCGGGAGAGGGCGACGAGGAGGCGAGCGCGUUCCUCGGAAACCUCCUCGAGCGCCUCGUGGACUACAGCGACUGCAGCAACAAGGCGGUGCGGUACCGCUCGUGCCAGAUCAUCGCCGAAACGCUCCAGUCCCUCAGCGAGGACGCAGACGUCAGCGAGGACACCGUCGAGGCCGUCGAGCAGGCCAUGGUCGUCCGCCUCCGCGACAAGAUCCCGCAAGUCCGCGCGAUGGCCGUCCGCGCCCUCCACCGCCUGCUCGACGCCGGCGACGACGACACCUAUGCCGACUGCUCACUCCUCCCCCGCCUCGUGGACCUGCUCUCGACGGAGCGCACCGCGGCGGUGCGCAAGGAGAUCGUCGCGAACCUCCCGCUGUGCGAGGCCACGGUGCAGCCGCUCGUCGCGCGCACGCUCGACGUCUCCGAGGACGUGCGGGCGUCCGUGUACCACGUGCUGGCGUGUGCUAGCAACGGGUCGAUGUGGGGGCUCUCGAUCGCGGACCGCGCGCUGCUGCUGCGACGGGGCCUCGCGGACCGCUCGCGCGGCGUGCAGACGCGCGCGGCGGAGAUGCUGCUCGCGUGGCUGUCGGAGGAGGGCGGGUGCGGGGGGGAUGUGUUGAAGCUGAUGUCAGCGCUCGACGUGGAGACGCACGAGGCGGACGUGGUCGCGGCGCUGCAGAUCCUGCUGCUGACGGGCAACGUGAGCGCCGCGGAGCUCGCGCGCGGCGCCCGCGACGCCCGCGCCGGGCUGCACACCCCCCCGGACGCGGGCGCGCCGCUCACCCCCGAAGAGGCGCUCCUGUGGCGCGUGGUGUGCGAGCAGCUCGCGCAGGACGCGAACGCGCACGGCCGCGCCGCGAUGAACGCCCUCGGCCAGGCCGCCAACGUCGAGGCCGCCACCGCCGGCGACCACGCCGCCGCGCUCGAGGCCGCGCUGCCCGACACCACCGAGCAGCUCGUGGCGCUGUGCGGGCGCCACGCCGAGGCCGGGCCCGCCCACCGCUUCGCCGCGCGGCAGCUCCUGCUCGUCGCCGCGCGCUGCACGGACCUCGCGGACUCGCUCGGGCGCGCCGCAGCGUGCCAGCUGGUGUCGGAGCUCCUGCGGCGGGCCCCCGCGGAGGGCGCGACGCCCGAGGGGGAGACGGGCGCGGAGGUCGCGGCGUGGGGCGACGCCGUCGUCGAGCUCGCGGCCAGCGCGUUCGUGGGCGACGAGGAGGCGGGCACUGUGUUUUUGGGGGCGCUGGCGCACAUGAGCAAGUGCUGGAACAUGGAGGACGCCGCGUGCCGCGUGCGCGCGCUGACCGUCGGGCAGCUGAUGCUCCGGCGGCUGUCGAGCGUCCGCGGCGCGCUGGACAUGACUGUGGACGGCAUGACGCUGCCGCUGGUCGUCGACACGCUCGUCGCGCGGUGCUGCGAGGAGGGCGAGCACCCCGCGGCGCGCGCGGCGGCGGUCCGGUGCCUCGGCAGCUACCUGAUGCUCGACAGGCCCGGGGCCGCGUCGCGCGGCCACGUGGCGUGCCUGCUGGCGGCAAUGGCCGCGGAGGACGUUGCCGUGGCCGCCGACGCCACGCGGGCCCUGUGCGACGUCGCGCUGGUGUGGGGCCCGCGCUGCCUCGACGCGUUCCUGCCCGCGGCCGCCGCGGAGGGCGCCGGGGCCGACACGGCGUUGCAGAGGCUCCUGGCGCAGGUGGCCGCGGCGGGGGAGGCGCUGGAGAGCGCGGCAGCGGCGGGGAAGAAGGCCGCGCGGAGCCGGUCCGCGAAGACGAAGGAGCUGCUGGAGGCGGAGAGGGCGGGCUGGGCCAGCAGGGCGGCCGCGGCGGGGGUUGCGGCGGAGGGCGUUGCCAAGCUGCUCGCUCACAACCACCUGCUGGCGAACGGGCGGACGUCCGCGGGGGCACCGGCGGGGAUGGACCCCGCGGAGGCUGCGGCCGCGGCCGCGCAGCUGCUGACCGCCUACGCGGACCCAGCGACCGAGGAGGCCCCCGACAUGCGACAGAUGCUCGCGACGGCGCUGGAGGCGGUCGCCGCGAUGCCCGAGGGCGGCGGGCGGCAGACCAUCGCGGACGCGCUGCUGCCCGCGGCCCGCCGCGCCCUGCAGCACGUGACCGGGACGGGGAGGUCCGCCAAGACGACAGCUCCGCAGGUCCUGAGCUUCGGCCUGCACCUGCUGACGGUCGGAGGCGAGAACGGUGCGAGCGUGGAGUGGGGCGUGCUGCUGGAGCGGCUCGGCGCCGAGGCGGUGCGGUGCCACGGCAGCGGCGGCAGCAUCGGCAAGACAUACGUCGGCGCUCUGUGUAGGUGCCUUGGGACGCUCCCGGUGCCCACGCAGCGCGAGGCGUCCGCGGAGGAGCUGGGGAACCUGCGUGCGAUCGCCGAGCACCUGGUCCGCGCGGUGAAGGACGCGGCGGCGGUGAAGGACGUGCGUGCGUUUGCGGAGCGCGUCGGUGCCGCGGCGGACGCGGAGGAGGACGGCGGCGAGGUCGGGCAGGGCGUGCUCGACGCGGUGCUCGCGCGGCACCUCAGCGACCGGACGCUGCCCGGGCUGCCGUUCGACGCGAGCGACAGCAGCAGCAGCAGCGAGGAGGAGGGCGGGGCGGCGAGGCGCGCUCGUGGGGGCCGCACGACGCGUGCCGCGGCGCCGCGAGGAGCGAAGAAGGGCGCACGGGCUAGUGAGGACGAGGACGAGGGCGAGGAGUCGGAGACCGAGGACGGGUCUGGCAUGGAGACGGAGUAG